AUGCACUUUUCAUCGACUUUUACGAUUUCUCACAGAAACCAUCCAUACGUAUCUAUCUAUCUAUCUAUCUAUCUAUCUAUCUAUCUAUCUAACACACACAUAUAUACAUUUCUUAUUACAUUAAACAAAAUCUAUCUAUCUAUCUAUCUAUCUAUCUAUCUAUCUAUCUAUCUAUCUAUCUAUCUAUCUCAGUCUUUUCAUAUCUAUCUAUUUAUCUGUCUCACUCUGUUCCUUAUCUAUCUAUCUAUCUAUCUAUCUAUCUAUCUAUCUAUCUAUCUAUCUAUCUAUCUAUCUAUCUAUCUAUCUAUCUAUCUAUCUCAGUUUGUUCAUUACCGUUUUAUCUGUUUGAUUCUCGAUACAACUGUUGAUGCAACUAAACUGGUGUCGCGCGCAUGCGUAGACGUCUUCUUCACAAAUGAUCUUUCUCUCUCGUCUGCUACUGCUUUGGAACAAAGACAUUUCUAUCUAUCUAUCUAUCUAUCUAUCUAUCUAUCUAUCUAUCUAUCUAUCUAUCUCAGUCUGUUCAUAUGUACAUCAAUAUCUUUUCUUCCUCUCCCUUUCUCCCUGUGUAUCUUUGUUUAUUCCUAUCUAAAAAUCUCUCUGGCUAGAGUGAACUUAGUAAUUAUUCAUAUCUAUCUAUCUAUCUAUCUAUCUAUCUAUCUAUCUAUCUAUCUAUCUAUCUAUCUCUAUUUCAGUCUGUUCAUAUCUAUUUUUCCGUCUCAAAGCUUUUUCUAUCUAUCUUAA